GGAGCAGCGACGCCAUCUUUACGCCAGUGUUACCGGUGGCUCUUCGGCUCAGCGGAGCGACAGUGCUGUUGCUGAUCCACCACCAGAAAUCGCAGAGCAGCCGAUAUACUCCCUUUCCACCGGGACGCACCGAAAAGCCUCAGUAUCCGAGCACCAUGGCGGACAGAGAGAACUUAGUAUACCAGGCUAAACUCGCCGAACAAGCGGAAAGAUAUGACGAAAUGGUGGAGUCGAUGAAGAAGGUGGCCAGCAUGGACGUGGAGCUGACGGUGGAGGAGAGGAACCUUCUCUCGGUAGCGUACAAGAACGUAAUCGGAGCCAGAAGAGCCUCCUGGAGGAUAAUCAGCAGCCUCGAACAGAAAGAAGAAAACAAAGGAGGCGAAGACAAACUAAAGAUGAUCCGCGAAUACAGGAAAACGGUUGAGAAAGAGCUGAAAUCAAUCUGCAAUGACAUUCUGGAUGUACUGGACAAGCAUCUCAUCUUAGCUGCUACCACGGGAGAAUCUAAGGUUUUCUACUACAAAAUGAAGGGAGAUUACCACAGGUACCUGGCAGAGUUUGCCACAGGCAACGACAGGAAGGAGGCAGCUGAGAACAGUUUGGUAGCGUACAAAGCUGCGAGUGACAUCGCCAUGAUCGAACUCCCCUCAACGCACCCCAUUCGUCUGGGGCUGGCCCUUAACUUUUCUGUUUUCUAUUAUGAAAUCCUCAACUCACCGGACCGUGCUUGCAGGUUGGCGAAGGAGGCAUUUGACAACGCCAUUGCAGAACUGGAUACGCUGAGUGAGGAAAGCUAUAAGGACUCUACGCUUAUCAUGCAGUUGCUACGUGACAACUUGACACUAUGGACCUCAGAUGUGCAGGGAGACGAUUCUUAAGGACAGCUAUCCUUCUCUCUUCUCCAUUAUAGAGAUGUAUUUUGUGAAGAACAGAACAAAGAAGCACUGCAAGAUGCGGAGGAUGAGGCCCAGUGAGACCGAACAACCCAAGACAAGCCCUCCUCCUCCUCCUCCACUUCUUCUUCCUCCUCCUCUCUUAACUCUCUCCUCCCAGCACUAUUUCCUGUCCCCAGGCACAGUUUUCAGCUGGGUUUACUCUGCAGCCCACUCUUUCUCUACCUUUCCCUCCAUUUCCACCCGUCUCUCACUUUUUCUCCUCGUAUGCACGUCAUCGCCCUCGUUUCCCACCCCGGGGUUUUUCCUCUUUUCAUUAAUUUUUUGUUUUUUUUUGUUUUUUUGCCAGCCUGUAUCCCUUUGUUUCACAUCCUCUUACACUGUUUAUUUUUGCUUUACUUUGCUGUUAUCAUCUGUUGCCAAGUACACUUGCCUGUAUUUGUAACACACGUGCAAGAGUUUAUUUAAAGAUGAUACUUUGUUGUUUUCCUGUGUGUGUGUUUAUGAUCAGUAUCUUGUCCGUGCUUCGUCAGUUGUCACAUUGAGGAAACACAACAGCGAUGGGAGGUUUAAAGGGAUGCGUCAAAGCUUUUAGGAAGAACUAAGUGCCCUCUUUACAUGUUUUGUGGUUACCGAACCUGCUUCUUCAACGCAUUUUUCUCCCCCCCCCCCGAUCUCCGAGCAUCACUUCGACCUCUCUCCUUGUCCACUCUUGGACCAAGUAUUGUGCUGCGAGGCUGUAGUGCUUUUGCUAAUGGCAGAUAGUUAGGUAAUGGCUUUUUAACAGACAAAAUGUGCAUAUGUGUGAGCGUGGGAGGGGAUUGCUCAACACUCUUUGAUUGUAAUGUAAUGCAGUUUUGCAUUGGCACUAUCUAAAAACAGUUUGGGAAAUAGAGGCCUGCUGAAUCUUUACUCCCUUGACUCUUUCAGGUUUCCUCUAUCCCCUUCUUCUCCUUUUCCUCCUUCUCCUCCUCCUUCUGUUCAGUAUGUGUAAAGUGAAUCUGAUUUGUACUACUGGAUAUUCUCACCGGAGCCACAAGUACCAUCUGUAUUCUUACUGAAACACAGCAUGGAAUUAACAUUAAACUUCAAAUUGAAAAUCA